AGUGUUUGUUUUGUUACCCCCGCCUCCUCACAGUUACUUCCUGGUGGUACCCACGUGGCGCGAAGCGAGCAGCCAAACAACAACAUGGCCAGUAACGGGCUCGCCUACGACGGCUGCAACUUCUUCAGGCAACGCCUGGUUUUGUCCACGCUGAGUGGGAAGCGUGUGAAAAUCCGCAACAUCAGGUCCAAAGAGGAUGACCCGGGCCUGCGAGAUUUUGAGGCCAGCUUCAUCAGACUUCUUGACAAAGUGACCAAUGGCUCCACGAUAGAAAUAAACCAGACAGGCACAGUGUUAUUCUACAGGCCAGGGUUACUUUACGGGGGCUCUAUAGAACACGACUGCAGCCUGCAGCGCUCCAUAGGGUACUACUUGGAGGCCCUGCUCAUGCUCGCGCCCUUCAUGAAGACCCCUCUGAAGGCCACCCUCAGGGGCGUCACCAAUGACCCCACGGACCCAACGGUGGAUAUGCUGAAGUCCACAGCUCUUCCUGUGAUGAAGAAGUUUGGCAUCGAUGGCGAGGGCUUGGACCUUAAGGUGUUGAAGAGAGGAAUGGCACCCGGCGGCGGCGGGGAGGUGGUCUUUACGUGCCCUGUCAGGAGGAUCAUCAAGCCCGUGCAGCUCACAGAGCCAGGGAAGAUCAAAAGAAUCCGAGGUGUGGCAUAUUCAGUCAGAGUUUCCCCUCAGAUGGCAAACAGGAUUGUGGAGUCGGCCCGAGGGGUCCUGAACCAGUUCAUUCCGGACAUCUACAUCCACACGGACCACAUGAAAGGAGUCCACUCUGGCAAGUCGCCUGGUUUCGGUGUGACGCUGGUAGCGGAGACUCUGGAAGGUGUUUUUCUCAGCGCCGAGAUGGCGUCCACGCCGCAGGGACAAGGAGACCCCGUUUUGCCUGAGGACCUCGGACGCAACUGUGCCAAGCUGCUGCUGGAGGAAGUACAUCGGGGCGGCUGCGUGGAUUCGUCCAAUCAGAGCCUGGCGUUGCUCCUGAUGACCCUUGGCCAACAGGACGUGUCGAAGCUCUUGCUUGGCCCGCUCUCACCGUACACGGUGGAGUUCCUCCGACAUGUUAGAGACUUUUUCCAGAUCAUGUUCAAAAUGGACGUUCGGAAGCCUUUAGAGGACGAGAGGAAAGGCGGCGAGAAAGUCCUCAUGACGUGCGUCGGGGUGGGUUACAGCAACUUAAACAAAACCCUUAAAUAAACCAAAGCCUUUUCUACACAAACGUCCCGUUGUUUAUGUCGAGCGCCUAAGAAUCGUACAGGAAGAGCAUGUGACAAAGAUGGAUGCUGGGAAAGUCCUUUUUAUUAUUGAUCUUCUUCUCAGUGGUCACGGGAGUUUGGGGCGUUGUCAGUCUUGGCCACAGAGAUGUUUGAGGGCGUCGCCGUAACUCCCGGACACUUCAGACUAACAAAGGAGAGAAAAUAUUUAGAGACAUCAUCUUUUGGAAUAGCUUACAGUAGAACUCCAUUAUGUCGACGCCUUAACAUCCAUUUUUACAUCCUCGUAUCUUAUUAUUGAUAUUUGUCAUUUUCAACACAAUAUAUAACGUAACCAUUAGGGCUUCCCUCAAUUUUUACGUUAAAAGGUCCCGGUGACCCACAAGGUUCUCAUUUAAGUGUUAAAAAUAGGUCAUAAACAGUUUGUUUUUUUAACACUUCAAUAUGUAGAGAUCAACUUCAAAAAUAUCCGUUGCCCUAACGUUAUUAAAAAA